CAGCUGAUCUCUGACGCCCGCCCUCCCGCAGGCCGCAGCGGCGCGGCCGGGCCGGCUCCGCUCCCGACGCGCGGGCCAUGGAGGUCUUCAUCCCGUCCUUCCGCCACGAGGAGAGCGAUCUGGAGCGCGGGUACACGGUGUUUAAGAUAGAAGUGCUAAUGAAUGGAAGAAAACAUUUUGUUGAAAAAAGGUACAGCGAGUUUCAUGCCUUGCACAAAAAGCUUAAGAAAUGUAUAAAAACUCCAGAAAUCCCUUCUAAGCAUGUCAGGAACUGGGUCCCAAAAGUCUUAGAACAACGACGGCAAGGUUUGGAAAUGUAUUUACAGGCUGUCAUUUUAGAAAAUGAAGAGCUUCCAAAACUGUUUCUUGAUUUCCUAAAUGUGAGACACUUGCCCUCUCUACCAAAGGCAGAAAGUUGUGGAUCUUUUGAUGAGACAGAAUCUGAGGAGUCAAGCAAACUGUCCCACCAGCCAGUGCUGCUGUUCCUCAGGGAUCCAUACGUCUUGCCUGCAGCCAACGAUUUUCCAGAUGUGGUUAUUGAAGGAGUGCUCCGCGGGAUAUUUUACCCUCAUCUGCAGCCCAGGUAGAAACCCUACAUGGCUCAAAGAAGCUGAAGCAGGUUUCAAAGUCGUAGUCAAGGAAAUCGAAAUCUACCAAAUUAACCUAAACUCUAUGACAUAACAGCUGUAGCUAGUGGUAAAAUUCAGUCCCAGCUUAAUUCAGGGCAGGGACAUUUCCAUUAGAAUGGUGCUUUUAAAAAUAGAAACUGAACCAGGGCGAUGAUCAGGUUAAAGCCAAGUGUUUAAGUAGAACAUUGCUGCCAACUUGGAAACCCAUGAGGAAGAGGCCAUGGUAGAUUCCUGGGAGUACCAACUGUAACACAGCGAAGGUACUCUCUGCUUCACUGCACCAUUUUCUAAUGGAAAACCAUAUCCUGAAUUAUACUAGGCUGAUCAACUUGGCUCACUUUUUUGUUCAAAUCUCUUCACACACUGAUCUUUGUACAUGAGAUUUUCUCAGCCAGUGAUGGUACAUUCUAAAGUACUGGCAACCAGAAGUGUAACCCAGAAGCACUGCUAAGUGCAAGUAAGAAACCAAACUGGAAGUUACAUUAUAUUGACAAUACUGUGGCAUUUAAAAUCAUGAUUUGCAUUACAGUGAAGUUGUGUCACACCUUGGGGUUAGCCUCUGACGUCAGCAAUAAGAUGAAAUGGGCAUUAGGAAGACCCUAGCCUUGGAAAGGCACUGGGCUAGAAGCCUGUACAUCACCCCAUCAAGACUUUCCUCUCAUGUUGGAGCCAGGAGGGUUUCUUUGAAGACCAAGUGACAUUGCUGGUGUUUUUAGAGGCCAUUUUAUAUAAAGAGCACAUCCUUUCAAACACUAGAAUCACACUUAGCCCUGCAAGAUGGUCGCUGGUGACAGGCAGGUGUGAGCUGACCACAAUGGAAGAAAGCAGAUGGACCUUGCAAGGACCUCACUCUCUGAGGAGGGCCAGGGGCUGCAGCGUGUCGCACUGUUUUCCUUUUCACUGACCUCAUGUUUGAUUUAAUGAAGUUUAAAUGUGUAUAUAACUCCACUGAACAUCGUAGCAACAUUAGUUAUUUUGGGUAGUAAAGGAUAAAAGCAUAUAUACUACCUAUAUGUAUGUGCUAUAUGUGGGCAUUUCAUCGAAUACUAAUUAAUAGCCUGUUUAUGGUUACUAGUUUUAACAAGUUUCUGUGUGGGAGAAAAAUAUUUAAAAUUGUAACUAAUAACUAAGUCAUUUUUUAUUACAAUCUGAAUAUACAGGUUUAAAGGCUGCUGCAAACUUAAAGAUUAUGUUUUGUGAUAGAUUAUGUCACUACAUGUUGGAAAUAAGAACUGAGUAAUGAGGUGUUCUCAACCAAAAAUGACAAUAUUCAACCAUUAGCAAUAUUUUUGAAAUGUUUUUAUGUUACUUGCUAUUUUGAGUUAAAUAAAAACAGGCAACAAGAAAUAUUGGAA